GACAAUAGCGCUCACCACUAACACAAAACAGCUGUUUAUAAGAAUAUUUUUUCGUUGCAGUGUGUGUCAGCAAUAACUAGUCUUACAAAAUGGGCACAAAAAUCGUGAAUCGUAUCAUGCUAAUUACCGGUUUGAUAAGUUUAUUACAUGCCGCUUUUUCAGCUGCACAUCAUCGCACCUAUUUACGGCUGACGGAACAAGACUGGACGCGUUUACCGGUAGAUGUUGUUGUGCAGACUGUGGUCAGUCUGCUGGUCGUCGUGUACAAUUUAAUACAAGUGGUUGGUAAUUUCAAGGAAAUACGCGCCACCGUUGAUAUGCAAGAGAAAUCUUGGGAUACAUUGGGCAACUUGCCGUCAUUUUACACCUUCAAUCAUCGUGGUAUGGCUUUAUAUGAAAACUAUGAACCCGAAGAAUCGUCAAGUGCUGAUAGCAAGAGUAGUCUAGAAGUAGAAUAUUAGCAAAGGAAAUUGUGUUUAGUCGUAACUUAGUAUUUGUGUUUACAUUCUUUGUAAGCUAUAUUCGCAAAUCCCAAUAAAUCGAAAUUUUUCGAAUAAAUAAAGUAUCAAAGUGCA